AACCCUUCACGCAACACGAUGACGACGCUCGCGCCCCCGCCUGCGCUGCCCGCGCUGCCCGCGGUGAUCCGGCGGCCGCUGCGGGGCUCGCGGAUCUCGACGUUCUACCCGGUGAAGACGCUGCCCGCGCUCGCGAGCCUGGACAGCGCGUUCCAGCUGCAGGAGUACAUUUCGCUGGUGAUUCGCGCGGACGUGCAUGAUGUGGAGCGGAUUGUGAGCCUGCCGGGGCGGAAGGAGAAGGGACAAGAGGGGGAGGGAGAGGAGAGGAAGGAGGGCGUGGUGGUGGACGAGGCGUGCUGGAAGUACGAGCAGCUCAGACGGCUGGCGCAGGACCUGUCGCACCCGCUGAUCACGCAGCUGCAGCAGGUGUGCACACGGGCGACGUGUCCGGAGAUGAAGGCGGGCGAGUGGCUGUACUUGUGUGUCGCGCAUGGCAAUGACGGGGCCAUGGAGCAAUGCUGCGCAAUAGACUACAUCCUGCACACCCUGGACAGCGCGACCGCGCUGCUCAACUCCCCGCGCGCCUUCCCCUCGCGGCUCCAAAUCCCCGCCGCCUCGCAUAGACACUUCUCCUCGUUGGCAAGACGGCUGGGGCGUAUCUUUGCACACGCGUACUUCCACCACCGCGAGGAGUUCGAGCAGGCCGAGGCGGAGAGCUCGCUCUACGCAAGAUUCUUGGCGCUCACAGAGAAGUUCGACCUCGUUCCAGCCGACUUCCUCGUCAUCCCUCCCCGUGUCGCUGAGACCGCCAACCCCGGGAAUAAGAAAGACGUGGUCGCGGUGAGCGAAGUGCCCGCGCCGACGCUCCUCGGGGCCUCGCUGCAGGUCAACACGCACGAAACAGCGCCCCAGGAGACUGGUAGCAGCGGCAGCCCCGCGGAGGACGCGCUGAGCCCGAGCACGACGGCAAGAAGGCUGGGCAGGAGCAGGACGGACACGAUGAUGCUGGAGGGCGAGGGCAGAUUCCCGGCCAGCCCGAUGACCACUGCUGCGGAGGACGGGCCGAGCCUCGAGAGCGUGUUGGCGUUGGCGGAGACGGCGCCGCCGGUCGCUGCGCUCGUUGCUGCAACGGAGGCGAAGGCCGAGGCCGAGGCCGAGAUCACCGAAGAGCCGGAGGCCGCACCGGCGCAGGAGGCCGACACCACCGAGACUGAGGAGGCUGCCGAGGAGGGUACCGAGGACGCUGAAGACAAAUCGGCAGAAGACGCACACGCGUUCAUCGCACAGGGCCUGCCCGAGGAGCUGGAGCCGGAGAGCCCGCCGGCGGACGGGGGAGUACCGGACCGCGACGGGGCUCGCGCCGGAGCCGCCGUCGCCGGUGGGCGGGGUGAUCCCGGAGGUGACGCCGAGCAGCAGCACGGGGAGGACGGGGAGGAGGCGGGUGAGGUCACGGUUGGGGUGGUGGAGGAGGGGGAAAAGAAGGUGGAGACCAACGAGGAGGGCCAGGCUGAGGUGGAUGCGGAGAAGGAAGUCGUCCCGGAGACCGAGACGAAAACGGAGGAGCUGGAAGCAGAGGCAAAGGAGGAAGCCGCCGCAGCUCCCGCUCCCGCUGCUGCUGAGGCGUAA